AUACGUGGUAACUACCUGACGUCAAUCCAAAUGUAUCUUUCCAAUAAAUAUAGGUACUAAUAGUGGCUGGAAGUGGCGAAAAGUUUUAUAAAGAAACGAUAAUUUUGAGGAUCCUGGUAACACUUGGUAAAGGCGGGCCAAGCCAAGAGACAGCCCGGGAGUUACGGUCUUCAUGGUGUAGUAGAGGCAGCAGUGGUAGUGAGUUUGGACCCAGCAUAAAGCUUACUACGGCUGUCAUGACUUCAGCCACCGUCGAGGAUCUGUUCAUAAACCCGAGAAUAAUCACACGGGCAAAAAUAAGGGGCUAUGUGUCAUUGUGCAGUAUCUUACGGGCAUCACAGAGCGAGCUCCAGCAAAAAUUAGCUUUAACGGCUGCAGAUGUGGAACAACUGACCACUGCAGCAGCUAACUAUAUACUUCCCCAAAAAUUAUCAGCAUGGGAGAUGCAAAAUACAGACCAAGAAAGAUUCCUUCACAUUACAACUGGGUGCCAUCAGCUAGAUGAUUUCCUCGGUGGUGGAAUUCCCGUCCGAGGCCUGACAGAAGUGACGGGGGAGAGUGGGAGUGGCAAGACCCAACUGGUGCUUCAGCUAGCACUAUAUGCACAACUCCCUCCAAUUAGUGGUGGUCUUGGUAAAGGCGUGGCGUACAUCUGCACCGAGUCACAAUUCUCAUCAAACCGACUCCAGCAGUUGAUAAGCCACAUACGUAACAAGUAUCCAAAAGGUCCCAAGUCUUACACUGAUAAUAUUUUCGUUCAUCAUGUUCCAGACAUGGAUAACUUGGUAGAUUGUGUGCGAUACCAGCUUCCCCAUCUUAUUUCUUCACGGCAUGUGGGUUUAGUGGUGAUAGAUUCUGUAGCUGCUCCAUUCAGAGUUGAAGACAGAAGAGAAAGAAACACAACUUUACUACUCCAGACAUUGGGCUAUAGAUUACACCAGCUGACGUCCUCACACAAUAUUGCUGUUGUGGCCAUUAAUCAGGUAACUGCUGCCAUGGGGAAGCAGAGUCUGUAUGGUCUUGAGGGAAAUACGGCUCCAGCUCUAGGCUUGUCUUGGGCCAAUUUAGUGACAACACGGCUGAUGCUCACUCGGACGCACUCUUUUGUCAGGACUCAUAAAUUAUUACCCCAAACCACUGUUGAAUUUAAUAUACGAAAACUAGAAGUGGUAUUCUGCCCCUGGCUGAGGAGAAAAUCUUUUUCAUUUAUUGUGACUGAAAAAGGAAUUGAGGAUAUUGCAAUGAGUACAGUGUAACUGUAGAAAAUUUCCAUUGAUCCCGUAUCCGAAAUGUUUGGAGCCGAAAGGGUCUUGGAUUGGAUUUUGAAUAUUUUGGGGUUUUGGAAUACUGUACCUACAGUAUAUCCUGUAUAUAGUACAGUACCUGUAUAAUGCGGUAGCUCACCCAGCUGGGAUGGGGCCAAGUCUAUGCACGAAAUUAAUUUAUAUUUCAUUUACAGCGUAUGGAUUCAUAUAGCCUGCAGGUAGUUUUAUAAAAUGCUUUUAAUCAUUUGGUGUAUGAAAUACUUGAUAAGAUGCACACUGAAGACUCAGAAAGGUAAGCAAUCACUACCGUCUGUUUGGCAUUGCUGUGACACCUGACUGUUAGGUGCUAAGCGGCCUGUAUCUUACCUUUGUUCAUUACACAUACCGGUACAUACUUACUCAAAAUCUAUUUCUGUAAUGCCCUAUAAAUGAUCAAAUUACUCUGAAAUAUUGUUAAAUAUCUGAAAUGGUAUAAACUUUUUCACUGUGUUCUUUGCCAAUAAUCCAUUAAUAAUUUUAUAUAAGGUCACUCUCAACAGCUCCCCAGGACAUGCCAGAUAUUUCCACAAUCUCCAAAUCAUCAGAGAAAAGCACUGUAAUGACAACUCAAAUGCUUUCUAGCUGAUUCUUCAGGAUAAUAACCUGAUCAAUUUUUUUUUACCAUAUACCCUGUAGUAUUACAGGGGAUUCCUGGGUUACUAACGGGUUCUGUUCCUGAGGAUGUUCUUAGGUCAGAACACAUGCUAUGUGCGUACAGAACAAUUUUAAAAUCCCACUAUAUCAUAGCCUAAGUCCUUUUAUGCAUCUAAAACCACUCAAUUUAAAACAAAAGAUGAAAUAGAAUGACAAAAUACAGCAAAUGAAAGUAAAAAAUAAGUCAUCAGGUAAAUAAAAUACUGUAAAUUUCAAGUUUAACCUCGUUCGUUUCGGCGGAUGUUCAUAAGUCGGGGACCCCCUGUACUAUAUUGAUGUUUUGCAUAUACAAAUAACUAUUACUAUAACUGCCUAAAUACUGUACGUGGAAAAAUAAGCCAACCAACUAUGUGGUUCCGAAAAGUCGAUUAUUAUUAUAGGAAAAUAUUAUGAAAUAGAUUAAGAUGAAUAAAUUAAUGGAAUAGAAUGUGAAUUAUAAUAAGAUGCUGUAUAAAACUAUGUUUGGGUGCAUAGUCGAGGAGAGGAGGUGGCGGAGUAGGAGAGAAUAACUAACCUCCCACACUCGUCACCCCGCAAUCCCUUUCUAACUACAGUAUGCAGUUUCACCAUAAUUCCCAUGUUAUUUAGGUUCAUUUGGUGCCGGGUUAAUAAAACAUCAAGAAUUAAUUAAUUUUUCCAAAAAUUUCUCUCUCAAUGCUAGAUUAGCUAUUAUGUGUUUAGUAUAUUCCCGGGCCCAGCACGAACAGCUUAUCGGUCUGCUCUCCCUGACAAUAUUGCCAGUGCUCACCAUCUCAAGCACUGGAUUUUUCGGUAAUUCGUGUGACCCAGAGCUCCUUUUUUGUUGAAUUAAUGAGGGUAUAGUGUACUUAAAAGUAUUAUAAAUACCAGUCUGAGGACAUUCCUUAAAAGGGAGAGCACAUCCUAGUAAUGUAAUACAAGUAAACAUACUUUUCCGUAUUAAUGGGAGACUUACCUAGGUUGUAUAGAAGUGGAGUUGUUAUAAUAAAUUAAGAAACGGCCAGUCAGUCCAAUAUCAAAUUACUUUAACAUUCACUUUCGUACUACUACAGAGUAAUUACCCUAAAAUAUGAGUAAAAUAUUCCAAGAAAUCGUUGAAUACUUUAGAUUUUGCAAAAUUUUUGCUUAUCCGGUACCCCAAAUUUCACCCUAAAGAAGAUCUGAUUAUCCAAAAAUGGGGUAUCGCUCCAAAAACUUUUGGAUUUAGGAAUUCUAGAUAAGUGAUGCCCAACCUGUAUUCCUCUUUUGUAAGGGAGUUACAUAGCCUUUUAGGAAGUUAUAGUUACAGAAUAUACUGUAUGUGUUAUAAGGAAAAUAUUUUUUAUUCCAUUCAUAGGAAUGUAGUCAUACAGACUUACUCUAAUGUUUUAUUGCAGUAUUCUUUUCAUAUGGAGUAUAGUUAAGGACCCUACUGGAAAUGGCUUUGUCAGCUGGUCUUGGCAAACUCCCUUACUGUUUGCUGAUGUUGUUUGCCUGCUGUGUCUAAGAUACAUUUGGAAACUGUAUGUGUGCAUGGUCUGUGUACACCAUAUACAGUAACUUUGUUGUCUAUGCACAUGCUGAGCUCUGUAAUAUACAGUACAGUAACUGUGCUUUUCCUUUUCCUUUUAUUCUCUUCGCAACUGAUCGGCUCGUUAGCCGUUUGGGUGGUUGGUCACUUUUCUGUUUAUAGACAGUAAACACUAAGCCAAUUGUAAACUUGUAUUACAAUUUUAUUGAAUAAAUAUUUAUUUUUA